AUGAAUCGGGUUAUGCUGCUCGCGCGAACUUCGACAUCGGUAACUUCAACAACCACGACCAAGUACACCACCGCCACAAUCGCCGCACCAUCUGGCUUCGUCCCCAUCAAAGAAGUCCAAGGCUACGUCGCCAGAGUCAAGGCCCGAGGUCCCGUGCCAAGAGCUACAACCGCAUAUCUCCAGCGCAUCGACUGCACCAAGAAGAUUCCCUCCACUACGACCAAGACUAUAACCACCACUGUCAAGGGAGCGCGAAUCACCCUCAAGCCCAAGACUGUUACGAAGAAGACUACGAGUAUCUUUGUCAUCACGGUAACGGAGUAUGGACCGCAGGUUACGGAGACGGAGACUGAGACUUUUACUGCGUUGAGGGUUAAUCUUGCUCAGAGGACUCAGACCCAGACAAUUCCCGAGACCGUCACCGUUGAAUCCAUCGUCCCAGCCGAUCCAUCCUACGCCGCCUGCUCCGCCAACAAUCUCGCCAGCACGGCCAACGGCGGCAAGAGAAUUGCCGACUUUAGCGCUUGGAAAGAAUAUAAAACCAUUUCUGUCUCUGGCCUCAAGAGCGCUUAUUCGUGCUGUGUCGAGUGUCAGAAGAAGCAGAACUGCUUGAUGAGUCGCUCAAGUGCGGGUGGUGCAACGUGCUGGCUGUACUUGACGCCUAGUGAUGAUGCUUGUUCGGCGCAGGUUAACUGGUUGACGUAUCGCACUGAUAAUGGUGCUAGUGUGGAGUGGACUUAUAGCAAUGGACCUUGUGGGAGGGCUGUUAAUGGGCGGGAGUCAUCUUGA